AUGACUCCAUCAUCGUUCUUAGGCCUUGAGGGCCUUCAUGUCUUCAUUACUGGUGCUGCAGGAGAUAUCGGUAGGCGGGCGGUGCAGGAAUUCUUAGAGCAAGGAUGCAAAGUGACGGCGUUUGAUCUGCAUGAUGUGGAAUUACCCGAGUCAGGUAAAAAAGACGUGGACGCUAGACUCCAUGUCCUCAAGGGUGAUGAUACGAACGAGGAAUCUAUCCAAUCCAGCAUCUCCCAAGCCAGCAGACGCCUCGGCCCCAUCAAUGUUCUCGUUGUCAAUUCUAUCCCUGCUGGACAAGGCAGUGAACUUCCCAUCUGGGAUCUGCCCUUGGACACCUGGGAGAAGACGUCUCGAGUCAACGUAAGAGGAACGUUUCUCACAAUUAAGCACUUCCUGCGAGCUGCUCAAUCGGCCCAGCAGACUCUCGGCAAGGAGUUGCAUAAUCUUGCUAUCGUCGUGGCAGGAGGAGAGCUACUUGGGAAGGCAGACUUGCACACCGAGUUGAUCCAGAAAGUGAAGAAGGAUAUAGUCCGUCUCAACAGGCAGGCGAGGAUCAACAUCAUUGCCCCAGUUGAUACCACAGGGACGCAACCAAAGUAUGAAUUCCUGAUCAUCCCAGAAAUACACCCGCUAACCUCUUCUAGCAUAUCUCACUCAACCACAACAGACUCAAUUUCCCGAACCAUAGCAUUCCUAGCCUCCCACCGCGCAGCUGGACACCUGACAGGCCAAUGCCUCAACCAGAAUAACAACACGCAAAGCGGGUCUACCUCAACCAGCCUUACCCCGUCCAUCCCCAGAGGCCUCUCCAGACUCAGCAAAAAAAUCCGCGUCGUCGUAUCCAUCGACCUAGAUGCCGUCUCUGGCUGGCUCGGCACCGGUCACCACCCAGACAACAUCCUCGCCGACUACUCAGCGGGCUUCUUCGGCGCCAAAGUCGGCGUCCCACGUCUCCUGCGCAUGCUCAAGAAGCUCAACCUCGCCGACCGCUGCACGUGGUUCAUCCCGGGCCACUCCGCGGAGAGCUUCCCAGAUGAAGUACGCCAAGUAGUCGACUCCGGCUGCGAGAUAGGACUGCACGGCUACGCCCACGAGGGGGCCUACCAGAUGACGGUGGAACAAGAGCGCGACGUGCUGGUCAAGUGUAUCGACAUCGCCACAAAACUCACGGGCAAGAAACCAGUUGGUUAUCGAGCUCCGUUAUACCAGCUCCGCGAGUCAACUCUAGACCUGCUGGAAGAAUUCGGCUUCGAAUACGACUCCUCCAUAACCGAGCACGACAGCCACCCCAUCUUCGCCCCUCGCCGCCCACCCAUCCAAACCAUCGACUUCUCCCAGCCUGCCUCAAGCUGGAUGCAUCCCCUCCCACCUUCCUCAGACCGACGCCCUCUCGUCUGCGUCCCUUGCAACUGGUAUAUGGAAGACAUGACCCCGAUGCAGUUUCUUCCCCACGCGCCGAACUCGCACGGCUACACGGACUCGCGGGUCAUCGAGAACAUGUGGAAAGAUCGGUUCCUCUGGAUUCGGGAGAAUGAGGAGGAGCCGGUGUUCCCCGUGCUGAUGCAUCCUGAUACGAGUGGCAUGGUGCAUGUAAUUGGCAUGUUGGAACGGAUGUUGGGAUGGUUGAAGGAGUGGGGGGAGGAUGAGGUGGAGUUUUGUCAGUCGCAGGAGGUGGCGAAGUGGUUUAGGGAGAAAGAGAUGGGGAAGAAGGAGUAG